AAGAGUUGAGGGUCAGGAGUUAUAUAUGUUUCUCAAGCAAAGCAAGCCGCAGGGAAUUAAGGCAUGACGUUGAAAAUGCCUACCCCUUGUGUUGUAGGUUUAGAAGAAAGGAGUUUUGAAUCUGUUGUUGCCCACCAGAUCAGCCAAGAUCAUCAGGCCGCCGCUAGACAGAACAUUGAACUUGAAUCUGCCAAAGCUGAAAUGGGAGAGGUCAAAGAAGAAAAUGAAAGAUUAAAAAUGAUGUUAGAGAAAAUAGAGAAGGAUUAUCAAUCUCUACAAUUGAGUUUCUUUGACAUCAUUAAACAAGAAGCUUCGAAGAGAUCAUGUACGGAGUCAGCUCCCUCACAUGAACAAAUUCAUCAAGAAUCUGAAUUAGUAUCUCUCUGUCUCGGAAGAAGUACUCCAAGUCUUGAGCUGAAAAGAGACGAGAAAGGUUGCAACAACCCUUGUAAUAGCAAGACUAUUAAAGAUUUAGAAUGGAAGUACAACCUUAAUCUUGGAUGGGAGUCUACGGAGCAGCUUGCUUCUUCUGAUCCAAGCUCAAAAGAGCCUAAUAAACAAAUUGUAGAAGCUGGAGACACAUGGCUACCAAGUAAAACUCUAAAAACAAGGAGAAAUGGAGAUGACGAAAUUUCACAACAAACCAAUGUGAAGAGAGCUAGGGUUUCUGUGAGAGCUAGAUGUGACACUCCGACGAUGAAUGAUGGAUGCCAAUGGAGGAAAUAUGGACAGAAAAUAUCGAGAGGAAACCCAUGCCCUCGAGCAUACUAUCGUUGCACAGUUGCACCUGAAUGCCCAGUAAGAAAACAGGUGCAAAGAUGUGCUGAGGACAUGUCCAUCUUGAUCACCACCUAUGAGGGAACCCACAACCACCCCCUUCCAACGUCAGCCACAGCUAUGGCUUCUGCCACUUCGGCUGCCGCUUCUAUGCUAUUAUCUGGCUCAUCUAUAUCUGAACCUGGCCUCGGUUCAACAACCACUACGAUUGCUGCUCCUAUACUCAAUGCAUUUAAUCUAAAUCUCUUGGAUAACUUGAGAGCAAAACGAUUUUACUUGCCCAACUCUUCUUCAACGCCCCUUUUCCCAACCGUCACUCUGGACCUCACUGCCUCUCCAUCCCCUCCACUUACUCUUUUUAAUAGAUCAUCUUCAAGCUUUGUUUCAAACCCAAGAUUUCCUUCAAGAAGUCUUAGCUUCUCAUCCUCAGAACCCGUCAUACCAACGGGUUGGGACAGUGGAUACCAUGGUUAUACCGCAGAACCCUACAACAAAACCCACACCGGAUUCCUAAAUCCAGGAAAACAAUCCCAAGAACAUUUCUACCAAUCUUAUUUGGAAAAGAACCACCAAGCUUCCUCUCAAGAGUCCAUAACUGAAACCUUAACCAAAGCAAUUGCGUCAGACCCAACUUUCAGGUCCGCAAUUGCAUCCACAAUUUCAUCAAUGGUAGGAGGUGGUGCAACCCGUGAUAACCAAGGUGGAGUAGAGAGAUUAUGCCAAAAGCCGAAGUGGGGUGAGCCAGUUCAGGCCGUUUAUCCUGAUCCAUCAGCUCAAAAUGGGAAAGCAUGCGCAACAAGCUACUUCAACAGAUUUUCAUUGCCAUUAUCCGUCUCCAAGAUUACUUCUGCAUCUUCUCCCACUAUUGAGGAUCAAAUGAACCGACAAGUCUAAUAUUGCCUCGGAUGAGACAAUAACGAAAGCUUCCUUCCUUUCACAAAAUACCUCCUAUACAAGCUCCCCCUCCCCUCAGUAGUCCCUAUACAUAAAAUAUGGGUUGGGCCAACAUUGCCCUGAAACUAUGACCGUAAAAGUCAACAUCUGAACAGAGGUUGUGUUGUUCUUACUUUGUUUUAAUAUUAAAUAAAAUGUAAAUCUAUAUGACCCAGGUUUUCAAACAUCCAUACCUCAAUGUAGAGAAAGAAUCCAAUAGCUUAUGCCUGCACAAAGUCAUAUAAAAGGGAACCAACUACUGCUCGAACUAUGGAACCACAAGAAGAAUGUAUUUUAACCGUGGACUAGAUUAAGAACCACGACAAAUCAACCCAAUAAAAUCUCUUGGAUCAAUUAUUAAUAUCAGUAACUUUAUCCUAGUACACAACUUAGUUGGC